AUGUUCACACCGCUAGGUGAGCUGAAGAAGAAUAUUAAUACAGAGAAAUCUAGCUCCGAAUAUGUUCAAUGGCUUGAAGAAGGCAAUUUUCAGGAUCUAGAUUUCAAAUUUCCUCAUGAAAGUGUAAAGAUAACGUUGCAAGAUGAAUCUAUUAAAAACAAAGUCAGAGUUAUUAUGGUCAAUUUUACAAAAAGUGUAAUUCCAAAGGAUAAAAACUUUGUCAACAACAUUUACUUGGAUAUCAAUAAAAAUAAAGAUCUCAAAGGAAAGAAAUCAGUGUACAUGAUCACAAAUGUACUUUUAGCAAAAACAAUAGAAUUCAGAGUGACCAUAGGUACAUCUUCACGGAUCUUCCAUCUCGGGAAUGCAUCGCCACUUGUAUUUGGCUUAGAAGAAUUUCUUAUUGGAGACGAUGGAAAACUAAUUGCUAAGGAGCCUGUCACCAUCAAGUCUAAAGCACUCUAUUGGCAAAAACUGGACCCGUCAGAUCACCUUUACAUCCCUGAGCAGAAAGGAGAAACAUCUAAUGAU